UAGUGCUGUUUUGUGCACCUGAGUCAGGUUAAUUUUGUCCACGUUUUGGGCGGAGAACAUCCUCGACUUUUUAUCGAGGAGGAGCCUCACUUUCAGUAACCAUGCACUUCACCAAAAAGGAGUCAGUGACUUUGGGAGAGGAUUACGCAGUUAACACAAUAUUCGUUAAAUGGUUGUAACUGUCCGAAUUUAAAUUUAUAUACAUCGUUGUGCCAUUUGAAGAGUCGUUGUGAAGAAUACAAACACAAAUCGCCUUCUGUCCUCUGGAGAUCUCUACUGUAUGCAACUCCUGCCUGCAGGAGCAAGACAAGAUGGUCCAGAAAGGUGGACAAACAGAGUGGUGUUUGCUGUCCCUGCUCUUGGUCUCCACAUUCCCUGUGCUCAGUGCUGAGUAUGCCAACUGUGGGGAGAAUGAGUUCUUCAAUCAGACUAGCUGCCAGCCCUGCCCUCCAUGCCAACCUGGACAGGAGCCCUACAUGAACUGUGGUUAUGGCAUCAAGGAUGAGGACUAUGACUGUGUUCCGUGUCCGACGGGGAAGUUCUCAAAGGGCAAGUACGAGAUCUGCCGGAGACACAAAGACUGUGACGCUCUGUAUCGAGCCACGGUGAUGAUCCCAGGGACGCCCGAAAGCGAUGCGGAGUGUGGACCCUGCCUACCAGGGUACUACAUUUUGGAGAGCAGACCACGGAAUAUCUAUGGGAUGGUGUGUCAUUCCUGUCAGAAUGCCCCGAAGAACACUAAAGAGUGCAUUCGCACAACCAAACAAGCAGGACAAGGUCCCAGCGUGUCUUCAAGUAGUACUACCAUUUUUCCACACCCAGAGAAAGGUCCAACUGGGCAGGAUCACCUAGCAACAGCCCUCAUCAUUGCCAUGUCAACCAUCUUCAUCAUGGCCAUCGCCAUAGUGCUGAUCAUCAUGUUCUAUAUCCUCAAAGCCAAGCCCAGUGGACAAGCCUGCUGCUCUGGCCAGAUGGUGAAAACCGUAGAAGCACAGACAAACAAACAGGAGGAAAAGAAGGAAGUCCAAGAAAAUGUUGUCAUAUUUUCAGAAAAGGAUGAAUUUGACAAGCUCAAACCGACUCCUCCUAAGGCAGUGAAAAGUGAGAACGACGCCUCGUCUGAGAAUGAGCAGCUGCUGAGCCGCAGCAUUGACAGCGACGAGGAGGCGGCUCAGGAGAAGCAAGGCGCCUCUGACCUGUGCCUGCUCUCGCUGGUCCACCUCACCCGAGACAAGACCUGCUCAGCCAGCACCAUCUGCAACAACAACAACAACAACAAGGCCACUGGGAUUCAGAGUCGAAGGAAAAAAAUCUUGGAUCUCUACACAAAGGCCUGCAGUGUUGCUGAGGGUCAGAGUCCCACGGAGCUGCCCUUCGACUGCCUGGAGAAGACCAGCCGCAUGCUUAGCUCCACCUACAACACAGACAAGGCGGUGGUGAAGACGUGGCGUCACCUGGCCGAGAGCUUCGGCCUGAAGCGCGACGAGAUCGGGGGCAUGACGGACGGCAUGCAGCUGUUUGACCGCAUCAGCACAGCUGGCUACAGCAUCCCCGACCUGCUCACCAAGCUGGUGCAGAUCGAGCGCUUGGACGCGGUGGAGUCGCUGUGCAUAGACCUGCUUGGCGGUCUGGAGGGGGUGCCCCACAUUUCCGUGGGCCCCGCUCUGACGUCCCGCUGUGCCAGUGUUUAAGCACCUCCUCUCUCCCCACCAAACCCCCCCUCCCCCCACCUCUUUAACAGCUCCGCUUCACAUGAAGAAUAGCAGCAGGCCCCCCCUGGCAGAGACACAGAGGGACAGGCGUGCAUACGGAGCCUCGUCCCUCACACGUUGCCUGCCUGUUGUUUUCCCUCUCUGACUCACACUGCACAGCAGGCUGGAACCAACAGUUACUGAACUCAUUAGGGACUACGAACAGCCUGGGCCUGAGAUAAAUCAUGAAGUCCGGUUCGGAUUUUUAAAAUUUUUUAUUUCGUAUUUUUCUUUUUACUUUUUAAAGUUGUCAGUUGUUUCUUUUUCUCUUGUUUUGGUUGUUUUAUGUCUCCCACAAGCCACAAGUUGGUUUCUAUUAUCCUCAUGAUUGGGUGAAAGAACAGGCAAACAACAGAAUGCCCUGCAAACUCUGCAAACGCAGGAUGCUCCAGUGAAGUGGUUGAGUUUCAAACAGGCAGUGUCUUUUUGAUCAUUUCACAGGGUUCAGAGGAAAGAAGGCUCUAAAAACAGCUUCUAUAUAUAAUGGAAGUGCCACACGUUACGUGUUACACACACAUAGUGCCAAGACCACCACAGCCUUUCUCAUAAGCUUUACUGUUAGAGGUCUGUUAGCUUCACAUGAAGGUGUAUCAGCUUCACUUGAAGUCUUGGUCUCACUCACACUCUCCCACAGCUCUCUCCCAAAGCUAGACAGUUAUAAGUCUACCAGAUGUCUAUGCACAUAGAACUCUUACAUUACAUUUAUGUGGCUCACUAUCCUGUUAUUCACGGGUUUAGGGUCUCGUCAUAAAGAGCUUGACUGAUGGAGGGGAGGCGAGAUGGAGAAGCCGUAUCCCUCGUAAGCCUGAGCCUUCACCUCCUGCGGUUUGUUGCCGCUGCUGGUUAUAAUUGGCCGAAAUUGGUGGUUUACAAAGUGCCUGUGAUUUCCAGCACCCAAUUAACUAAUAAGACCAAAUGGAAAAGCCAUAAAAGUGGCCAAUAUAACAGAGAGGCAGCCGCUGAAGCACUUAACUAUGCCUGAGGUGGGAGUGAAACGGGCAUGACCGCAACGUGCCUGUUGACCAGUGUACAGUAGGCCCUACUAGCUCACUUUUAUACAUUCGAGGCAGUGAAUUCUAAAUAAGCUGUAAAUGACAAGUGCUCUUAACUUAAUGCAAUGUUGGAACAUGGUUGUGCCCUGUUUUCAUUUUUGUGCUUAUUGGUUUAUUGUUUGCUCCAAGCAUCAUAGAGAAGUCCCAUUGUAAUGCAUAUUCUUCAUAAUCAGACAAUCCAUUGAAUUUUACAAAUUCAGUUGAAUUUGUUGUAAUUCUUACUUUGUAUCUAUUAUGAAAAUGUUAAUUAUAUGAAUAUAAUUCCGAUACACAAUUUAGUAACUGGUCUGAUAAGUACAAUUAUACAUAACUGUUAGCUAGUGUGUGUUACAAAUAGAAACGGUUUGUCUUUUGUCUUUCGUCUAGAACAAAUAUGUGAAAGUGUGGCCAUAGUCUUUGCAGUACUGUGUUUACACUAAGACCCAGUUUUCAGGUGUUACCAAAACAUUCAUUUCAAGAGGAGCAGGACUCCGGUGGUAUUAAGGAACUGAUCUGCAUGUACAAUCUUUAGCUUUUAAUAUGUAUUCACUGCCAAACAUUUCUUGUUUCACCAUGUAAAAGAGGAGUGGACAGCUAUCAGUGAAUGACAGAAAUUUGGUUGUGCUUGGUUAAUGUGUACAUAACAGGUUCACUUACCUCAACAUAUUUUUCCUACAGAGUAGAUUUUAAGACAUACAGAAGCAAAACAAUACCAGAUGUACAAUACAAGAUGUAAGUGUAUAUAUAACUUAUUACUGUACAUAUGCAU